ACAGUAAACAGCUUCUCUCUUCUAUAGACCGUGAAAGCAUCAUGAGAACAGGUGAAGCGGCCCUCACCGCUAUGGAUUAUAGACUUUACUGGAUUUUAUUGCUCACAUUUUGCUCAGCAUACUCCCAGGCGCCUGAUGUUAUGCAAGAACUGAUGUGUCAAGAGGUAAGAAUAUUUCAACUUUUCUAGAGAUUCUUGUUUCUACUCAAAUGUCUCAUACAGCUUUUCUAGAGAUGAAGUUAUUAUGUAAAGUGUUAGUUCUUUUCUGAAUAGUAAUACUUCCCUAAACAAUAUAGAGCAUAUCAAACUCAUUGAUUAGUGCAGUUUAAAGAGCUUUAACGUUCAAUCAGGGCCGGCGCAAGGAUUUUUGACUACACAGGCGAAGCUGCAUUUUGACAGACAUACAGAUACACACACAGGCACACUGACAGACAUGCAGAUACACAUACACACAGACACACUGACAGCCAUACAGAUACACACAGACACACUGACAGACAUACAGAUACACACAGACAUAAAGACAGACACACAGACAGGCAGACAUACAGACACACACAGAUACACACACUGGUCAAAAUUCACAUUUUUCUAGCCAUCCUCCUGUUUCCUACAUUGUGGGUGCAGGAGGGUGGCUUACCUAGGAUCCAGAGUGCUGCCUUAGGUAGUUGGGAGUUGUGGGAGCUGGCCCUACCCAGCCCCCCUCCUCUCUGCCUUCUCCUGCUCUCGCAACUCCAGUGUUCUUGGGAGGAAGUGAUGUCGAUAAGAAGGGGGUAGGAGGUAGCCCCAUGCCUGUUGGGCGCUAGCCGCGCUGUGUGGUACAUGGGGAGGAGAGAUUUCUAUGUUUAUAUCGCCGCCCUCUCCACACAGUCCACGGCAAUGAAGAGAGUGGAAGGCAGGGUGGAUGGAGUUGCUGGCGCUCGACCACGCUACAAGAAGAGACCAGCAGGAGAGGAGCACUGUGCGCUUUCCUCCUUCCGGCCACCCGGACAUUUGUCUUUUGUGGUCAAAGGUUUGUUUGUGUGAGAUCUUUAAAGCAGCACUAUCAUGCCGAACUUACCUUUCCCUAACCGCUUCCUCUUCUCUCCCUCUCUCAGGAUCUGUUCUUAAUUUCUUCCCAUCUAAUCUAGUUUUCUUUAAAUCAUAAGACAAAGAAGGGACUACUUUGUCUUAUGUAUAUUUCCUACGCUUGACCAGCUCAAGUGGGUCAGAUAAAUUUUCCCACAAUACUCACACUUUCCUUCAUGAUCUUGCAAUGCCUGCUUUCACUAUUCCCGAACGUCCUGUCAUUUAGAUAGAACGCCAGCGAAACUAUGAAUUCCGUCCUAACAGAAUGAGAACAGGUUGUUCAUUCAUGUUAGGAUGACAUUCUGUGCUUUUAGGUCGGUUCGAAAUUUAAUUCCAAUGAAUGAAAUUCCGAUCGGAUCCAUACUGUGGCAGCAUCUUGCAGCCGCGAGUAGGCGCAUGUCUAGUAAACAGUGAGUAGCCAUGAGCAGUGGGUGGGGGCCCUAAAAGACAAUGGGGAGAACCUAUUGUCGUCCCCUGGCCCCCACCCAUGAUCAGCGGGUGAGGGCCCUAAAUGAAAAUGCAGGGGGACCUAUUGUCCUCGCUCCCAGCCCUCACCCAUGGGUGACAGGUGGAGGCUAAAUGUAAAAAUACCUCCAGAUGACUAGGGGUCCACAAGCCUCUAGUCACCCUCCCGCCCAAAAAAAAAAUAUUCUCCCUCCCCCCACUCCCCUUUCCAAUAGUGUUCUUUCUCCCUCCCCCCCACUCCACUUUCCCAUAGUGUUCUUUCUCCCUCCCCCCCACCCCCGUUUCCCAUAAUGUUCUUUCUCCCUUCCCCCACCCUACCCUGUCCCUUAGUGCCCCUCUCUCCCCCACCUGGUCACAGUGUGUCUCCAACCUUAGCGUUGCUGGGCACAGCAGACCGUGGUACAGGAGCUUCAGUUUCCUGUACCUGGCCUGACUGACAGGAAGUGAGAGGCGCUCUGAAUUGGGGUUAACGCUCCUAGAUUAAAUUACUUGGAUAUAGUUUGGGAACUUUUAUGUUAAAAUUUAUCCAAACUGGUCACGGGCUCUAUAAUCUUAGGAAUUUAUAUAUUAGAUCAUGUUCUUGUGCGCUCUCUAUACAAUAGUGCAGUCAUUGUGGCCUGGCAUUUAAGAUAUACACAUGAAAUCUAUCUCAAUAAAAAUAUACUUUUAUUGAAUAAUUUAAAUACUUUUAUUAAACGUUUUUGUAUCAGAAAACACACAGCAGACUCAAAACGGAACUUGUAGAGCUUAUAAACUACCUUCUACAAUUCAUGCUUUUUUUAGUCUGUAAAAUACCAGGACAUGAACUCCCUUGCAAAAGUGAAAAAGACUAAAAAAAAAUAAAAAAGACUACAUUUGGAGGCUAUACUGCCCUAUUUAAAGCAAAAUCGAUGUUAAUUACUAAUGCUUAAUACAUAUUCCUUUAUUGACAAAUCCCAAAUGUUAUAUUAAAGCACAUCAUAGGCACCUAGACCACUUCAGCUUGUUAAAGUGGUCUGAGUAGAGUGCUAGUGUCACUUUAACCUUGGUAUUGUAAUUAUUAAUAAACUGCAAUAAUUACAUUGCAGGGUUAACUCCACUUCUAGUGGCUGUCUGGUAGACUUUUGGUCGCCUGAUGCUGCACACUUUGCAUGAGGACAUCCAGCAUGACCCAAAAGCCCAUAGGAAAGCAUUGAAGCAAUUCCAUUCCCACAGUCUGUGAAUUUCAGCAAGCAGAUUCAGCCCAAGUUGUCAGAAAACUUGUCCCUGACAAAACUCGCUACCUGUUAUUUGAAGGGGGAUAGGAGACAUUGUGGAGAGAAGACGUGGGGACCUGCUUCGCGUAAACCUGCAUCGAUUAGAACUACUUAUGCAACGCAGUAUCUACCUGGGCAGAGACACCUCCACCACACCACCCACAUUUGCAGAUGGUCAUUGUGGCGGAACCACCCUCAGCACUGGAGAAGACUGAUUGCCAGCCUCCUGCCAUAUGACUAUGGCCCCUGGGAUGUAGUGCCUGCUCUCCUGUACUACUAAGGAUUGCUACCAACUAGGUGGAUUUGGCUAUGGAGCUUGUGUAGAGACCUCUGUUGGUAGCAACAGAAAUAUGCACUACCUAAAUAGCAAGACUGGUAAUUUGCAUAUUUGGGUAGAUUUGCAUAUCACUAAUUCUGCAUGCAGGAGAGACAUUUUGUGUUAAUUAUGGUCUUCCCCACCCAUUUAUAAAUAUGUAAUUAUGUUAUAAUAAGUCACUGUAUGUUGCUAUGAUUUGACUGUUUGUAAUUUUAUUGAGUUUUCACAGCAAUGUUAAUGUAAUGACCAUAUGGGCUAGUCCCAAGUAAAAUAAAGUUUUAGACAGUUCUACUUCACCCUCAAUUUGGAGUGCCAUCUCUUAUUGGGGGGAAUCUGCUACAAUGGAUUGUUAUGCUCUGCGUAUUCUCUGCUAAACUCUUGUAAGAGCAUGUUCCUGUUUUGCUCUCUAAAGGAGUCUAUGGUGGUUAUGGUGUCUGCUGCAGUGCUUGGAGUCCUCAGGAAGUGCUAGGAGCAUCCUUCAACGGAGGUACCCAGUCAGGGUGCCAGGUGACGCGUUAAAGUCAUUUUUAGCUUGUGCUCCCUGCACAGUUCCAUGAUGACCCUCCUUGACUUAAAUCGCAGUGCCUUCAAAAGCAGGCUCUGCACGAUCACGAUACCACUACCUAGUUUAGGAGUUGGCUGAAAGUAUCUUCUGAUUUUGGAGCUUAUCUAUUAGCAUGUCUUUUUAAAUGUGCAUUUAUAUAGGUUUUAUAUAGUCUGUUAUUUUGCUUUAUUUUACAAACAAAAAAGUGUAGAUACCUCGUUAUUUGUAUAAUAUCUUGCAAUACAUCAUUACUUGGAGUCUAUAUGCACAUAAUUACUGCUGUAUGUGAGUGUAACUCUGCACACAAAAUAAAAAAAAACUAUAAACAAGGUUCUCAGUUAUGAAUCUAAUUGUCAGUAUAUUACAGCAUUCCAACGCACAAAGGUAGCGUGUCAAGGGAUUACAGAAUAAAGCCAGGUAAACCACCCAAGUCAGGAUAGGAGAAGUCGGAAAAGUCAAAACACAAGAAAUAGUCAGUAACCAGAAGAAGCAAGACACUAAUGAACGCACUCUCUGACUACUAGAGACCAUGUCCAGACACAGUUCCCAUGCUAUAGUGAGUAUACAUAGCACUAGUGUCUUGAAUCAUUAGAGUGAUGCCAAAAUGUAUUUGGGCACCGUUUCCAAAAUGAGCCUAUGUCUGCCUCAUAUUGGCUAGAAGAUCAGUUAUGGGUAAAGCAGUCCAUGUCAUUCUUGGCACCGGAUCGACACAUAACAUCAUUUUCAAAUCGCAAGAAUGAAGCGGAAUGUCCUGCUUCAAAAAUGUCACCAGAACGACGCACACAAAGGGCUUCUCUAUCAACUUUUGUCCAAUACUAGCAGCGGUCACAAAUGACGGCUGUGGGAUUCAGACUUUGUCUAUGGAAGACCCCUGAAAUUGUCAGAUCUGCUUUAUUUGUGAAUGACAAGUACCCACAACACAAUGCUCCUAACCAACACAGAAUGAUAUUGUUAAGCUCUGUGGAAUUGGUUGGCGCCUUAUACAUGCUAAUUAUUAUUAUUGGCAUUUAUAAAGUGCCAUAGCUUAAACACACACACACACAGCUAUGGCACUAUACAUUAAAGGUAUAGAAGGCUUUCUCUGAUGAUCGGGUAAAUGAAUUGCAGUUUCUUACAAACCAGCUUACACAUUGUGGUUGAAAAAUAAAUUCUAUAGCUGACAAACAAUGUCAAAAUGAAUACUUUCACUUCUGCAAACCUAUUUGCAUUUUCUGGCCACUUCUUAUUUUAUAUGCCAGUUCUGCAUCAUAAACAGAGAGGUCUCUGUCUAUGAUGUAGAACCCUCUAAUUUAAGAGGACAUAAAUUAGAGGGGCAAAGGUUUAAAAAUAAUUUAAGGAAGUAUUACUUUACAGAGAGGGUAGUGAACACAUGGAAUAGCCUUCCAGCUGAAGUGGAAGAGGUUAGCACAGUAAAGGAGUUUAAGCAUGCGUGGGACAGGCAUAAAGCUAUCCUAGACUUAAGAUAAGGCCAAGGACUAAUUCAAGUAUUUCGUAAAUUGGGCAGACUAGAUGGGCCAAAUGGUUCACAUGCUAUGUUUCUAUGUCUCUCUGAUGUUUUACAUGAACACACUUUGGAGUUAAUUUUUUGUCCUCUGCUUACUGCCACAUCUGCCCAAGGUGCUGCACUUAUUAUAGCAUGGAGAACAUUGAUGUGCACCCUAACCCGAAACUUGAUCACAUGAGAUAGUGUGGAGCCAGAAUAAGAGUAAAGAAAAGUUAAACCUAAACGUUCACCUCUAUGAACAAUUUUUUCACACAACUGUUAUACUAAAGCACUUACAGAGGUAAGUAUAAAGUUAGUAAAAAAAAAAAAAAGGUACCAACCUCUUUUUUUUUUAAAAAUUAUAACUAAUUUCAUAAAUUAAUUCAGUGUUUCAGUAAGGGAAUAAGCCAAUGGAAUAUUUUGAGGGGGAACAAACUCAAAUGUAUUCAUUUUAUUUUUUGUAAUUGUAAGAUAAUUUUGCUUUUCUUUGGUUUAGGCAUGAUUCAUAAAAAAAGUACAAGAAUAGCACUGGUGAUCAAUAGGAAAUCAGGUGUGAGAUGGGUUCCUUGCAAUUAAGCUUUGGUUCUUUUUAAACUUGGCUUCUACGUGAAGUAGGAGAAAAUCACUAGAUUUGGAGAUGUUUCUAGUUUCAAACUGGAAUUUGUCUGAAUUUUCAAAUUCUGAGCUAUAAUGUAACCAAAUCAUGAAUCAAAUGAAACACGCAAUGGACAAGCAUGUUUGUUUUGAUUCAGGAUUCAGAAUUCCUCCUUUGGUGCAAACAACAAAAAAAUGAGAUGGUUGUUAAGAUGUUAUUCACAGAUCAAGUGAGAAGAGAUCAAAAGAGGGGGAAAAAGUUAGACCAGCAAAAAAAUAAAUCUAUAUUUUUAUCUAGAUAAAAUCUAGAUUUUUAAACACUAUAGGGUCAGGAACACAAACAUGUAUUUCUUACCCCCCUCUACCUCAGCCCCCUUAAAAAUAAUUAAAACUCACCUUAUUUCCAGUGCCAUGUGGGUCUACCGGUGCUAGCCCCGUCUCCGAUCCGCCGCAUUGAUGACAUCAUCAGAAUUGCCGAUUUGUAGCCAAUCCAAUGCUUUACCAUAGGGAAAGCAUUGGAUUGGCCAAAAGCUGCAUGAGGCGGGGCCAAGCGCCGUUUUGGCCAAUCAGCACUUCUUCAUAGAGAUGCAUUGAAUCAAUGCAUAUCUAUGUGGAAAAUUCAGAGCGUGAAGACGCUGAAUGGCACUGAUCCAGCAAGCACCUCCAGUGGUGAUCUGAGGAGUGGACACUUGGAGGUGUCCCUAUGGGCAAUGUAAACACUGCCUUUUCUGUGAAAAAGGCAAUGUUUAUACUCACCAGAACAACUACAUUAAGCUGUAGUUGUUGUGGUGACUAUAGUGUCCCUUUAAUAUAUAUAAACAGGGAUUAAGAUUUCCUAGUGAUUGUGUAAUGGACUCUCCAGACUUGCAGUGUUAAUGUUUAAGACCUGAUUAUUAGCACAGAACUUGACUGUUCCACGUCUUUUUUUCCUGCUUUUAUAUAUCAUUUUUUUUCUCUCCAUUUCUAUUCUUGAAAAAUAUAUAUUUUUUUUGCAGGGCACUGAUUGGCCCAUUCUUGCACCAGUGCAUCCGAUUCAUUUUCCAAAUCUUUGAAUUUGAAUAAGGGGGCGGAGACUGACUGCUGUGGUGGAGCGUUACAUAUCAAGCGAGUUCCCCUCUACUUUCCUGAUAACCACUUCUAGCAACUUUACCUGGCUCAAAGAGAUAAUUCACUGGAACGGUGUGCUUACCCGGCAUACUUAGCACAUUGAGCUGCACCCAGUGAUUUUUCAGGAGCUACAACCCAAUGUAGCAAAUGCAGAUGGACCGGAGGGUGCCAGAAGCAACUACUCUUAUGAUAGAGCCGCAGCUAUCCCCGGGGUCCUGGUCCACAUCUGAUGCACAACCAGGACCCAGGUGGUCAGAUGGAAGCAGCACUUCAAGAUGGUGGAGCUUGCCCUGAAUUACCCUGAAGAUAGCGGAGUCCACAUGUUUUCCUAAUUCCGGCACUACACGCCUUGAUAUUGAGGCCCAGCUAAACAAAAAUUUUUCUUAUUUCUGGAGGCAGCUAAAGCGUAUUGCUAGUGAGCACCAGCACAGAAUCGUUCCCCAAGAGCCUGAAGUCCAGCCAUCUUGGAGAUUAUAGAUGCGUCCCAGGAGAAGGCACUUGGCUUUGGGAUUAAAGCCGAUUUGACAUCGGCGUAGAUGCCCAAAUCAGCGCAACAUGGACGAAGCCGAGUGCAACCUACCGUCAGGUUAGCACAUGUGGUGGACCUAUCCUGCUUCUAGAGACCUUGGCUUGCAGGUUUGCCCUUUGGGGUCACAGCUGAGCUCCUCUCAGCACUCCUUUCUGCGAAAACUGUGGCCUGAGCCCAUAGGUUAGAUACCGGUCUUACUGAGCUGUACCUCGGACUUGCCCCAGAGAGGUGCGGGAUGACUUUUGACAGACAUACCUGUUGGCUGGUUUUAAUACCCCUCUGAUGCCAUCAUGUUGGAGGCUGUUAUUUUAUCUUUCUGCAUCCACUAAAUCUGAUAUUGUCAUGCUUUUGGUUCUUCAGGUUUUUAAAGCUACCUAGCGUUAACAAGGAAUAUUCUGUCUGUGUAGCACGAUACUAGUUGUCCAGGGGGCCUCUUGGAUCUUAUCUUGUUUGUAAACUCCUACUCUAAGCUAUAGUUUUAAUUUACAUGCUUUAUUGCAUUCACUGUUUGGACCAGUUUACUCUGCCUGACACUUAAUAUAAAUUGUGUAUUUUUUCUAAUCUACUGUCUGUAAUUGCUCUACUUCUUAAUGCCAUCAUAAGCUUGACAAUUAUCUGAACUGUAAAAUAAAGAAUUACAAAAAAAAAAAAUUGAAUGAGCCUAAGCCGCCAUAUUUCUGAAAUAAUUAUUUUGUCUUUAGCCAAAGUGGUUCAGUGAAAGCAAUAUGUUUUUUCAUGCACAAGUCUCAAAAAUCACUGUGAAAAUAUACAAAUCAGAAAAUGUAAAUAGCGUAAGCAAGGUGCAUUUCGGACAGUGUAAAUGUAGAUACAUUUAGAUUGUGUUGCUUUAAGAUGAACAAUACCAAUGAGUUUUGUCUUGCCAGUCAAAAAGUAAACUUUACACGGCAAUAAACAAGAAGUUCAACAGAUGUUCAAAGCAAAUUCUAAAGGGAAGUUAUAACCGAAAGGCGUGCCUAGUCUAAUCUAUCACAUUACUCUCUGUGUACGGAUGACAACUCACUUGUGAGUUGAGCUACCAACAACAGCACUGCCAGCUGGCAAAUGUGUGUUAUACAUGUACCCUGCUGCAUGUAUCACAAAGAAUGCCAAUGUAUAAAAAUAUAAUUUUUAUUGAGUAACAAACAGAAUCACUGACCUUCGCACCUGAAUCUGGAGAAAUUUUUUUUGAUAAUUUAAACAGUUGAAAUCUCUAGUAACAUAAUCUUUGCUAUAAUCCUUGAUCAGUAAUGUUUUGUGCACAUCCUUUUCCAUAAUUGGAGGUUUUCAAUUCCGUUCACUCAUGAGUGCAGAUUCAGCUGUACUUUAUCACUUGGCUGUAUAUUUUGAAGUAUUUGGAAUUAAAGCUUUCUUGUCGGGGAUCGGGAUAGGAAAAUUAAGACCUCUUUAUACCUUCUGUUUUUUUAAUAGCUGGUGGCACAGUAAGACUGAUAGAAGAGGUAUAUAACCAGACCUUAGAUUGACCCAGCUUAAUGCUUAGCUGGAAAUAGGAAAUAGGGCUAUGUUACCUGUAAUAGGCCAGAUACACAAAUAACCAAGACAGCAGGAAAAAACUAAAUUGUCAGAAACAGAAAAAUAUCAAUAAUCAGAGACAAGGCUAGCUGGUUAAGGAAUAUAAAAAAAAUAAGGUCAGGGACAAGGUUGGGUCAAAACCGUAAAAUCCACAAUUAUGCAAAGUAACAUACUUAAGGGUCUGGAAACAAUGAAAAUAUGCAGCACCAUAAAAAUUUGAGUUACAUAGGCCCAGGCCUUUGCAUCAUUGACGCAUGCAUAUAGGAAGAGGCAGGAUGCAAUCAGUUAACGAAUUACAAAUAUAAAAAGGCACAAAGGUCACUGCUCGCCUCGUUUACGUUAACUUGUGGACAAAAUGACACAACCACGAUCUAGUACAAAUAAUACGGCAAGCAAAACUUGGCACCUGCGUCAGUAUCAGAAGAUGAUUCCUUUUUUUUACGCAUGUGUCUAAGUGUAAAUGAGUAAGAUGUCACUGGCGCGUCAUUCUUAGAAAAUUGUUGUUUUCAUGCAGGUACGUCAAUGUUAGUUUACACCUAAAAAUUCUUAUACCAGAAAUUGACACAAUAGUGUCUAAGUUGGCAGUGGAUCUGGCGUCUUUUAGUGCUAUCCGCUGCUUUCUUCUAAGUUUCAAAAGCCCCAAUAGGUGCAGGCACUAAAGUGGAAGUUACCUAGAGGCAGGCCCGGACUGGCCAUCAGGCAAAUGCCCAAUAGGAGAUCGGAGGCUCUCUCCUGCCAAUCCAUGAAGGGAAAUGGUAACUGGUGAUAACUGAUCAUUGGUCUGGAAGGGGUUUAAAAAAUAAAUAAAUAAACUACUACCAUCCGCGGAUAAUAAGAAAAAAAGAAAAAGACAGAAAGGUGGGAGGCUUUAACAUAUUAAUUGCUUAAUUUACUGACCUUUUCUGCUGCUGCCAUGGUUACCCAGGAACUUCUUAUACAUGGUGGUGGGGGUACAUUUAAUUGAAAACUAAUUUAACUUAGAAAUAGGGAUAUGAGUGUUUUAUUUUUCUUUUAUUAUGUACAAAACUAAUUAUUUAGAUUUUUAAGUUAUAUUCUUUUAUGUGCUUUUCUUUCAGGUUGUUGCCGAUCAGAGCUACAGCUGUGAAGGUCUUGGACUACAAAAUGUUCCUAGUAGCAUUCCUUUGACCACAGAAAUUCUAGAUUUCAGUUUCAAUUCUCUUUAUGCGCUUUAUGAUUCAACCUUCAGCAGACUAAGAAACCUGACAUAUUUAAAUUUGGCAAGGUAACUCAGUUUUGUUUAUUAUACUCAUUACAGUUAUUUACUAAAGUGAGAAAAGUCUGGAAUUCAAAGUGAAUUUCAAAUGUAAGGCCAAAGCUGAAGAAGAUGGAAAAGUGGCAGUCGGGGGGGGAGGGGGAAGGACAAGGGUAGUAUAGUGGGGACAGGUGCUGUAGAGGGGGGCAGAGGCAGUAUAAUGGGUUCAGGGACAGGGGCUGUAGAGGGAAAUAGAGGGGGCAGAGGCAAUAUAGGGAAAUAGAGGGGCUGUAGAAAGGGCACAAGGGCAGUAUGGUGGGGGUCUGUAGAGGGGGCACAGGGGCAGUAUGGUGGGGGUCUGUAGGAGGAAAUAGAGGGGCAGCUGAGGGGAGACAGGCUGUAGAGGGAAAUAGAAUGGCUGUAAAGAGGUGCUGCUAAAAAAGAAGUUUGAUUUUAAAAAAUACAUACUAAAAUGCCUUCCACCCUCCCAGAGGCAUACCUUGGGCCAGGGAGAGGAGAACCUUAUACAUGGUGGUUGGGUGGGACAGGCUGCACUGGAGGCUGAAGCUGCAGAGAGAGUUAGGACCGCUGGGAAGUCUGGGACAUCAUCAGAGGAUGGCUGACUUCACUGCCCUGCUCUGUGCAGGCUGCAGGAAGACAAGUAAGAGGCAGGGGAUUCAGAUUUUUGCGCCCCCCUACUCUGGCGCCCUAAGGCGGCCGCCUGAUGGACGCACCGGCCAUGAUGUGUUUAGAUAACACUGAUCUGGAAAUGUAUAUUUGGACAAUAUAUGAACAUCCUCUUCUGAAAAAUUUGUAAUCUUUUUCAUUCAGCGAAUUAUAUAGGUAAAACAAUGGAUAUAUUGGUACAAAACCAGAAGCUGGCCAGGACCUAGAGUUGGUCAAUUACGUCCAUUGUUAUCUACACAAGAUCUGCAUGCUAAGAACUAUUCCAUAGAAAACCACUAUUUAGAAAUCUAACUAUUACUAUUUUGCAGAUGCAACAUUAACUGGAUAUACGACUACGUGUUCCAAAGUAAUAUUCAUCUCAAAACAAUUAUACUGAUUGGAAAUCCUGUGUUAUACAUUAAAGACUAUGCAUUUUCUGGAGCAAUACCAGUAAGUCAUCUGUUCUUGCAGCAAACAUCAUUAACAAAUAUAUCAAAAAUCAAAGUGACAAAUCUGAAUGCUUUGGAAAAUUUGAAUUUUGGACACAAUUUUAUCUCUUCUGUGUGGCUACCGGACACUUUGCCAACAAGGAAGCUACAAACUUUGGAUUUUCGAUUUAACGUCAUAACAAAGAUAACAACAAAAGAUACAGAAAUUUUAAAGAAUAUAAAAAACCUCAGUCUGUUAUUGAUGGGUAAUAAUAUUGAUUAUAUUGAACCAAAUUCUUUCAAUUCAAGUGUGUUGAAUAUUUUGGAUUUGACAGCCUGUGGCCAGAAUGCCAAUUUGUCAGAUCUUUUAGGUGGUUUAAAUGGUUUAACUACCAAUAUUCUUAGAAUUGGAACAUUUGAAAACAUGAAAAAUAAGUUUCCAGUCACUCCAAAUACGUUACAUGGUCUUUGCAAUAUUUCAGUAAAUGAAGUAGAUUUACAACAUACACAUUUUGAUCAACUGUCACCCAAUACAUUCUUCUGUUUAAGCAAGGUUCAAAAGUUAGAUUUGACAAACACCUGGAUUGAUUGCUUUCCUAAGUUUAAUAAUUCACUAAGGGACCUCAUACUGCAUAAAAAUGAAUUCAACAGUCUUUGUGAUAUAAAAACAGAGAGUUUAACAUUACUCACAAGCCUUCACGUACGGUACAACGAAAAAAUGAUAAGCAUGGGAACAGGUUGUUUGAAAAAUCUUCAAUCUCUUCAAUUUUUGGAUUUAAGUCAUAGUAUUGAAGAAACGAAGGACUGUUGUAGCAACCACUCUAUGGGUCUUGUUGCCUUGAAGUAUCUAAACCUCAGUUCCAAUGGUAGACUUACCCUCUCACAACACUCCUUUCCAGAUAGUGAUAACCUGGAAGUCCUAGAUUUUGCUUACACCCACAUUUUCAUUCCUGAGUCUUUUAGUCCAUUUAGUAAUUUGAAACUCUUAAAAGUACUAAAUAUGUCCCAUAGCUAUAUUAAUGGAAGUAAUGAUCACAUCUUGGAGGGUCUUCAUAAUCUCAGCUACCUGAACCUCAAGAAAUGUUCAUUUUAUUCGGGAGUUAUCAAAGCUAGCAACCUCUUCAAACAUGCAGUAAACUUGGAAGACCUAAUAUUGUCCUCCUGUGAAAUAACAGCAAUAGAGGAACACGCAUUUUCAAAUUUGAAAAAGCUCAAUUACGUAGAUCUAAGUCAAAAUCAGCUAUUGCAAUUCAGUAGCAAUGCCUUUGGAGACCUCAGUUACAUCUACCUAAAUUUUGCUUUUAAUAGGAUUACAAUUAUACCUUUUAAUUUGGUGCACAACAUUGGAAAUCAAAGUAUUAUUAAUUUAAGUCACAAUCCACUCGAUUGCUCGUGUUCCAAUACCCAAUUCAUAUCAUGGUAUAUGGAAAACCUGAAGAUGUUUGAGGAUAAUAGCAAUACUUUGUGCUGGUCUCCUCAAUCUGCAAAUGGAACCAUGCUUUCUAUGUUAAAAAUUAAUUGUGAGACUUCAUCUGGUGUCAUAUUUGUGAUCAUUCUAGCAGUAAUAGUUGUGAUCAUUAUUAUAAUAGUUGCUGUAAGGUAUUAUAGGAAGAAAUUGUAUUCUUCAAUUUAGAAAAAUCGACCAUUUUCAACCAUGCAUUUUGUUGAGCCAACAUCAUUAGCAAAAAUAUAAAACAUCAAAUUGACAAAUUUGGAUGCUUUGGAAAAUUUAAAAUUUGGGCACAAUUUAGAUUUUUGGGGCAUACAAGGCUGUAUUUUGAGCAUGCACCAUUGUACAGAUUUGGAAAAUGUUAUUCAGCAUUAUACAUCUUUAUCCUACCUAUUCUACAUUCCCAAUCUAAAAUACAUUAUUUCUGUAUGCUGUACCUGUGUACUUAUAUCAGAACUUUUUUUUUUCUUAUCUUGGUUUGCAGUUGUGCAUUGGAUGAAGCACAGAAUUGUAUUGAAUUGUAGCUCAGCUAACUGUUCAAUGCUUACCAAGUAUCCAAAAUAUGGCAGGACAGUCUGUAUUUCUGUUCCUGUCCCACUAUUCCAGGUCAGUUUCUCUAGAAAGCAUAGUGUGAGCACAUUAUUACAUUACAGACCAUGCAGUAAGCGCUGUAACCAUGUUCUCUGAAUAGCCGGCCCUUAGUGUGACUGGCCAGAUUUAGUGGUAGGCAGCUUGGCUUGCAUGCCAGUGACACAUGACAUGUCACUGGCCUACCAAUCCAUGUUUUACUCACUAAUCUGGGAUGUAUGCAAUUAUGUAUUAGCCAAAAGCAGAUAACUGCACACAAUUAGAGCCACCAUAAACACUUGCGGACAUUAAAAUGAGACAAAUCUUUAGACCACCUACCAUCAAUCCAGUGUUUGAAACCAAUUAUCUAAUGCAUACACACUAACACAGAGACAUUGGUACAUACACAUACACAUAGAAGCACUCAUACUCUGUAAAUUCUCCCUUGCGCACUGUUCACAGGAUGUCUGUAAGUAAUACAUAUGUGUUUAAAGUAUGAUGCAUAUAACGGUGUUUAAUUAGUGUUCGUUUCCAUGAGUGGAACUGGUUGAGUUAUACAUGUCUGUAAUAUAGUAAAUGUGUAAUGCAUUAUUUGAGCAUACUAUAAAACAGACAUACUACUUAGUAGAGUUCAGAAAAUCUCGGAAGCUAUGUACCAACUGCCUGAGAUCAAGUGGCAUUUAAUAAGGAGGUAGCAGUGAUAAGUCAAAUACAUGGAGGGCACAUACUUGGCAACUUCGGUUAUAGAUUGUGGAAUGCCACAGUGUCCAGUAAAACAGACCAUGUUUAUUUACUAAAGGGAUACUUUAAAGUGAAUUUUAAAUUCAAGCCAAACUGAAAGCAAAGCAGAAUUUUUCCAGUUUGGCUAUUCGACCGUAAAUUUGAAAUUCACUUUGAAUUCUCACUUUAGUGAAUAACCCUGAGCGAGUUUAAUCUACUUUCCAAAGUGGAAUCUCUUUGUUCAGACUUCUCAUAUUCCUUUCCCCUUUCCUUACCCUCAAGACUUCCUGUACUCCUCUCUGUUUGAUAUUUGACUAGACUUUAUAAAUCUAUAAAUGGUGCUCUUUCCUCCCAUCUUUAAUAUCCUCUACUACUCUAUAAUUUUAUUCUCCUCUAUUCGUUCACCAAUAUUGUCACUUUUCCAAUUCCUCUCUCCCUUUUUCUGCCCAUUUCUCCUCCUGGUUUUCCUGAACACAUCAUCCUAUUCUGCCCAGCUUGCUUUGUUUGUUGUAGCUCCUGGUGGUGCCCUUCUUGCCAUUUCCAAGGGUCAUCCUUCAGUCCCCAUGAGUCUUACUCUACCCGUGCUACUCUGACAUUAGUCCAAACACCUUCAACCUACAACCCAACCAUGUUUACUAUCAGGGCUAUUCACUAAAGUGAGAAUUCAAAGUGAAAUGAUUUUCAAAUUUAAGGUCAGAGUAGCUGAGUGGAAAGCUUAACUGAUUUUAUUUUUACAGUUCAACUAUUUUGACCUUAAUUUUGAAAUUCACUUGAAUUCUCACUUCAAUGCGUAAAUCUGUAUGAAUAUUACACUCAUCACCACAUGCAGCUUUAAGUACUCAUCUUAUUUUUUGAAAACUUAAAAAAACAAAACAAUAACACAUUAGCCAGGUCCUCUCUUUACCCACUAUGAAAGGUCACUCCAUCCCUGGUGGUCCAAAUGUGUGUGUAGUGAGCUUUGCAUGUCCCUAAGGUGCAUCUCUCACUGUCCCAUGUUCUUCACACACCUCAGACAUCCACCUGUCUGAACACAAAGUCUGUGCUGCACAGCUCCCUACCAUUUAAGUCUGUAAAGUAUAUCACCCUUAACAUUUAUCCUGAAACAACAAAUCUUAAAAUCCUGGCCCCAUAACCAUAGUACAAAAGUCAUGGUGUGAAGAGUGUUUCUUUAAAACAGAGCUGUCAAUUCAUGACCUUAUUUUUGCGCCCUCCCCAAACACCACCACUGUUCAGUGUCCCCUCAUUGAGUUUAAUAUUUCUAUUGGUAACAAAUCAACUUUGUUUUUUCGAUAGUUUUCAACACCGGAUCCUUAUUCAAUGCUCCGCCAUGUUGCUCGUUGUCCUUUGUGAACUGUUCUAUAUGGUUCUGGCCAUAAUAACGUAAACCUUUUAGCUAAAACUCUGGCCAUAUAAGGACACAUAAGGUCAUCAUCUUUCUUGAUAUAAACCCACAUUCCAUAAUCGGCAAAAGAGGUGUUUGGAAAUGGAGGGGUGAACUCGCAAGACAAUGGAGGAAUGGUGAGAAUUGUGGGAAAAUUAUAUUUGACAAAGGAAGUCCUCUAUAUUGUAAGCUUGUUUGGGCCAGGUCCUCUUCACCUACGGUUCCCAUACAUCAUACAUGUUUUGUUAGAAAUAAAGGUUUGUCCUGUUCCCUAUUUUACAGCACUGCUGUGUAUAUAUGUUCUUGAUGUAUAAAUAUGACAUAAGACAGUGGCACUUUAUAAAAACACCGCUCUCAAGACCCAAUGUUAGAUGGUCUAUUUGUAAAUCACAUAUACUUUGCUUACAGAUCAAUAUUUCUGCAUAAUAGACUAUUGUGACUAUGCCGCUAUCAACGAAUAUAUUGAUUUUGUGAUAAAUCCAAUACUUACAAACAGACAAUAAAUAGACAAACAAUACCAACUCUAAACAUUCAUGCUGACUUUUUAUUUCAAUGUUAGGCUUUGCAGCUGUAAUACGUAUAAAUACUUGUUUCAAUAUACAACAAAUACGACAUUCAGAAAGUUGAUUUUUGUUUAGUUUUUUGAUUUAAGUAUUUUGUUUUAUAGAAAGUUAAGACAGCAAACACUUUAUUGCACAGAUACGAAGCUGGUUUUUCUACAGCAGAAGUAACUACAAAAAAGCACAGAAUUUUAACAGGUACAUAGGAGAGACUUAACAGUACACAAAGUCAAUUGAUAUUUUUUUUUUACACAUUAGUAAACACUUACAAACGAGUAGUACAUUAACACAUUAGGUACUUUGAGAUUUCAACGUAUUACAAGUAUGACGUGAGUGACAAUACACAAACACAGAAAGCUUUUUAUUAUGUCAUUUUGUAAACCAUUAACAAAGAACAAAAAAAAAAAAAAGACACUGAAAAAUAUAAGCCCCUGUUUAUCAUAUAUCCUAGUGAAUUAGUAUUUGGUAAAUCAGAAACUACUUUGUUUUUUUGUGGGAUUGGGGUGUAGUGUUACAUUUCUAGAUUAUGUGUCACCAGUCAAUCAUUUGGAGGAAAAUGAAAGGCCCCAAAAUGGUCCCUUUAAACUGAGGUAAAGAUUAACUCAGCUCUUGGCAUUUCAAGGAUUAACCUGUACACACGAUCCACUUGCACGUAACUAACUCUGCAUUACAGAGGACCACUAUCGUCACUCGGUUUGCUCUGUCAUCUGAAAAUAACUUUCAAUUGAUGAAAACACUGCUAACAACAUGCGAGUUGCAUUCCUAUAUGCCAAAAGAUGAAGAUCGGAAAUUCCUUAUACUGUGCAAAGAGAACAGCACUUCAUAGUCUUUAUUAAAGAUCUCAUUCUGCUCAGUUUAGUUGAUAAUUAUCAUCAAAUGUUGUCAGAAUAAUUUAGAAACAAUGAAAGAAAAAAAGGAAAAAGCUUUGCAAAAUUGAAAAAAAAUUUUAGAGAGAGAAAGAGAGAAAAAGAAAGGACUUGUGAUUUGAAAAUUAUGAAGCUUUCUAAGCCUCUAAGAGUCAGAGAGGUGAGCAAAAUGCACGUUCCUGGCAAUCAAAGGGUUAAUGCACUUAGAAAGAUUGUGAAAACCAGUACAGCGUGCCAAGGAUAGCAAUCAUUUUCUGUAUAGUAAGGCCCCAGCUAAAUUUUAACACAACAAAUAACAAACCAGAGAGGUUAAUGCAAAUUUUAUACAGAUAAAAAAAAAAAAAAAAGACAUUUCAAAAUUAGAUUCAAAAAAUAAAACAAAAAGCAAUAAUUACAAUAUAAAAAGUUGUUUUCACUCUCAUUUGUUAGCACAUGUUAUCUCACCUGGAUACCAGGGCAACACAAUGUACUCUUUAGAAUAGGGUAUAGGAAAUCAGCAAUUAUAGAAUCCCCAAGACAUUAAUGUUUUAAGACAUACUCCAAGCUAGGAUACAGGUUAAUUAACUGGCUCACCUUUUCUUUUCAAGUAUAGAUCUUUUAAAAUUGCUGGAUAUAUGGUACAAGAGUCAUAUUUCUAGUCCAUACAAGGCUAAUCCCUCCAUCAUUGAAUUGAAAUCAAUGUGAGUGUUGUAUUAAAAAUGAUUGCUCCAAUAUUUACUUCAUUAGCAGGGCUGUGCAGUAUCACAUGCCCAUAGCAAUAGUGCACUACAUUUAUUGGCUUUUACUAUGAAAUUUUUAAUUUUGCAUAAUGAACACAAAAGCAGAAAAAAACAGUCUGUAACAGUCUGUAGAUUCUCUAUUUAAAAUAUAUAUAUAUAUAUAACUGGUAAUGGGUUACUUAGAAAGCGUUCUAAAUAUAAUGAAAAACUAGUUCAGUAACAGCGGAUAUCUAAAAAAGGAAUUAUACCACUGAUACCCAACAAAUGUCCUGACGUGAUCGGGUUUAAGUAUGUUGCACAUUAUUAGAAGAAUGAGAACCUUAUGGGAUAGACUGUUGAAAUGUUUGCAUAUAGGGAAAUAAAAACUAAUUAUAUAUACAUGUGUGUGUAUAUAAAGUAUUAUUUAUAGAGCAAUCACCAUGGAAACCGAUGGAGUGUUUUUUCAGAUUGCUCCAUAUUUGCCUAGAAUAAUCUUUAUACAAAAAGGCUCAGUGUUAACCAGUAGAAUUUCUCAUUUCACCUUCAUGAAUUUGCAAUGAACUUAAUACCAGGAAACAUAGCAGAACCUCAAUGCCAUCUUAUAGUAGUCACAGCAUUGCCAUUAUAUAUAUAUAUA